UAUUCUAGUUUUUUCUUGUUUGAAAUAAAUUAAUAUUAGUCAUAAAACUAUUUCUGGCGGUAGACUAUAAUAUGUUGUAAACGUCCAGGUACUGCGCCCGUGCAAGCUUUAAAAAAUAUAAUCGAAACCGGCAGGCAGUGUUGCGGUGUUGCGAGGAGCUUGGCAGUGAAUUCGUGCACAUCUCAGCACAGCACUCUGCAUUGCAACUGUCCUCCGUUUUCGUCUUUUCAUAGCGGUCCUUUUGAUGGUCCCGUUUUUAUGGUCCCAGGCAAGGAGUGGUUAUUUGUUCAAGAAAACCAGCCUUCCGACACCUGAAAGCAUUUAGUUGAACUUAAUGAACAAAAAGUACUUAAAAAACGAUUCUGAAAUAGUAAUUGAAGAACAUCGCUUGGAAAGUUUGAAGAUCACAAAGAACAUUCCAGGAGGAAAAAAACUCUGAUCGUACAGCCCGAAAUAAGAAUUUCUUUUGGGAAGUAAAAAAAGAUUUCACACUGCGAGAGCAUCAAUAAUAUCGUGAGGUUAGUCGAGCCACCAAAAGUUGCCACCAUGUCGCAGUCUUUUAUCCGGUCGAGCACCACCAUACCUGGCAAUACUUCUGUCACGGAAAAACGCACCGUGAUUACGUCAUCAAGUUCGUCCGGCUCCGCGCUGGGCGGUUUGGACGACGACUCUAUCUACUACAAGUCGAGCAUCACCCCCCGAGCGUCUUCCAUAAUGCGCACGUCCAUGCCUACGUCACCCAUCCGCACCACUCGUACGGUGGAGAUGAGCAGUGGGUUCAUCCCACAUACCGCCAACGUCACCGCUACGGGGGUGAACAGCUUCAAGAGCAAUCGCGAGAGGGAGAAGAAGGAUCUGCAAGACCUCAACGAGCGGUUCGCGAACUACAUCGAGAAGGUUCGGUUCCUCGAGGCGCAGAAUAAGAAGCUGGCUUCCGAGCUGGAGCAGCUGAGAUCGCACUGGGGCAAGGAAACGAGCGCGGUCAAGCAGAUGUAUGAGACCGAGUUGGAGGAGGCGCGCAAGUUGAUCGAUGAAACCAAUAAGGAAAAGGCGAGGCUUCAGCUCCGGGUGGGGCAGCUGGAGGAGCAGCUGGACGACUUCCAGAGGCAAUUGGACGAAGCCAAGAAAUGGCGUUCCCAGGACAGAGAGACCAUCAACAAGCUGAACCAACAGGUUUCCGAGCUGGAGGGAGAGAUCCGCAUGCUGAGGCGCACCAACGACUCCCUGGACACCGAGAGGGCACGUGACAAGGCCACCAUUGCCCGUCUGCAAGAGGAGCUUGAGAAACUCAGGAUUGAUCUGAGUAACGAGACCAUUGGCCGUCUCGACGCUGAGAACAAGUACCAGACUCUUCUGGAGGAGAUCGAAUUCCUCAAGAGUGUCCACGAACAGGAGCUGAAGGAGCUGUCUGCUCUCGCCUACCGCGACACCACCGCCGAGAACCGCGAGUUCUGGAAGAACGAGCUGUCCCAGGCCAUCCGCGACAUCCAGCAGGAAUACGACAUCAAGGUGGACCAGAUCAGAGGAGAGAUGGAGACCUUCUACAACCUCAAGGUCCAAGAGUUCCGCACAGGAGCCACCAAGCAGAACAUGGAAGUGACCCACGCCCGCGAGGAGACCAAGAAACUGCACAAGCAGCUCGCCGACUCUCGCGGUCGCUUGUCCGAUCUGGAAGCCAGGAACGCUCAACUGGAGAAGCAAUACCAGGAGCUGCUGAGAGAGUUGGAACAGAAGGACUCCGAGCACGACCUGGAGAUCAACUCCCUGAAGGAGGAGAUGAACAAACUCCGUGCCGAAAUGGAAGGCAUGCUGGUGGAGCUCCAGACACUCAUGGACGCCAAACUGUCACUCGAGUUGGAGAUUGCUGCCUACAGGAAGCUUCUGGAGGGUGAAGAGACCAGGAUACCUCUUCGCAAUUCUUUCUGGUCAGCCUAUACUCCUUAUUCCGACUCUUCACACAAAUCUGAGCCAAUCAGCGCUCCCUACCGCCCUUCAUCUUCUUCCUCUAAGACCAGCUUUAGCCGCCCGAGCGUCCGGGACACCAGCAGGACGACCUCGACCCCCAGGGGCCAUGAUGUGAGGAUCAAGGCCGCCCGAGCUCCGGUGGUGGAGAGUGUGACUUCAGUGCAGAAAGCAACAACCAGUUACGAAGCGCCUCCCACAAUUGUAGAACCGGAAGAAGAGGUUAUCGUGAAAGAGGAAGCGGAAACUGCUUUGAGGUGUGAGGCCCCUUCUCCCGCUCCUGCUGUACAAGAUGAUGAACAAAAGGAAGAAGAGGAGAACAGUGCCCAGGUUGAGAUGGUGGAUACCAGGAACGAAAUAUCUGGGGAUGUCAGCCAGGGAGAUACUCAAGACGAUGGCUCUGGAAAAGUAGUUAUUGAAGCCAGUGAUAUUAAACAAGAAAUCGUCUGUCAAGACCCAAGCUAUGCCGAGGAAACUCAUGAGUCCACGACCAUUGAACAGCUAGUCACUCAUAGUGGGGAUGUCAUGUCUCAUGAUGAAGUCACCGAAGGUGAUGGCGCGAAACGAGAAGUUGAAGACCGCACCUAUGAUCAGCCUGAGGUCGGGGAUGCAGGUGAUGGUAAGCAAAAAGUAACCGAAGAACAAGAAGAGGAAGUUGCUAGAUCCACAGAAGACACUUCUGGUGUGAAGGUCGGUGUGGAUUCUUUUACUGAAAUCCUCACAGCUGCAGUACAGGAUGCGGUAGUCAAAGAGAUUUCUGCUAGCGAGAAAGCGGAAACGGAAAAGAUUGAGCAAGUGGAGGUUGUGGAAGAAGCAAUCGUGAGAAGCGAAAUCGUCGAGAUACCGGAAGCGGCCCCGGCCAAGGACUCUGGUAGAGAUGACGUAGGCAGUAUGGCUCCAAGGCAAAAUGAGGCAGAGGCAGGGGAGGGUGGGGUAGGGGAGGAGGGUGAGGCGGAGGGAGAGAGGGUCAUUGAGUGCGCGAGGGGGGCAGAAGGACAGGAGGCAGAAGCACCCAUUGUUUUAGACCCCCAGAUUCAGGCAAAUGAUCAGGUUGGACAGGGGCCCGAACAAGUAGAAAUCUCUCGUAAUGAAGCACAGGGAGAAGGAGAUGCCGCUGCUGCUUUGGUAAGUAGUGGAGGUGACGACGAUGAAAAAAGCGGGCAGACGGAAGACGAUGUUUUAGUGUGUGCUCCGAAAGAGCAGAAGACUGAUACUGACUGUAAAGCCGCUGAAGACGCUGCUGGAGAAGACGACAGUGAGUCGACAGUUGCCAGUUUGGAGACAAGUCAGACUGAGGUAUUUGUCACAACGCAAGCAGCUCCUGAGACAGCAGAAGUCGUCUCGGAUACGGUCACAGAAAAAGAAGACGUGGAGCCAACUCAAGCUGCUGCACUUUUAAUCUCGAAGGAUAGUACUACAGAUACUACACACGUAACAGAGGAUAUAAGUGUGAAAUCUCAAAGCACUGAACCACACGAGGAAGAUGAAUCGAAGGCUGUAGAGCGCAAAGUAGAGGAAGACGUAAUUAUAUCGAAGACGUUUAGUAUGAGCGAGAGCAGUGCGAAGUUUUUAUCGGAAGUACCCGUUGGGUCAGAUAGUGGGGAAGGUGGUGCAGCUGCUGCCGAGGUUCCGGGAGAUGUUGCUGGGCAGAAUGGGAUGGUAGUCGAGCAAAAGGAUGACCACUUCAGAACCGAAACUGUGGUAGAGAGGAAGGAAGUAACAGUAUCGACAGGCUCUUCUGACGUGGUUGUGCAGGCGCCUAUAUGCCCGAAGGAGGAGGAUGAGCUGGAGGAGGAGAGUGUGCUCGUUAACGGGGUCAAGGAUGAUUUAAUGGACGCAUCUAGUCCCGACGUGAGUGCUGUGGAUCACUUCCGAGCGGAUUUCUCUAUGGCGACGCCAGUACCCGGAGCAGAAAAGGGAACUCUGGACGACACGGACGAUGACGCCCUUAAUGAUGACUACAUGGGUGGAGGGGUAGAAGGUGGGGACACUGACGAUAAAGGAGUUCGAAGCUCUGGAGAAGCUAGGGUUGAUGAGCAAUCCACUGAAGGCGUGAAAGUGGAAGGGUUGGUCACAACUACUAGCGUGACUGCUGCUGAUUCUACUGAUAGUUCUGAAAGUGUUGUGGUUGUUGAUGCUAAUGCAAACCCGGCUGUUGGACAAACUGAUGGAGAUAUUGUUACAGUUGUUGAAAAGAAGGAAGCAAGCGAUGACACAAGUGUGGUAACAGCUGAAGUUGAGGCGAACGCCACAGAGGACAGUAACGAGAAAGACAAGCAACAUGAAGCGAUGGCUGAAGAGACCAGCGGGGGUGACGGUGUUUCUACAGAGAAAACUGCUGAGGUAGAACGCACAGAAACAACAACUGUAUACCAUGAAGUGAGAAGUGAGGGCGUGCAAAAGUUCACCACGAGUACUGUGGAAACCGAAUCAGAGAAAAUGGUGUUUGACGGUGGUGCCGAUGCUGCCGAUAUUAAAGUUGAAGAGGUAAAGGUUGAGCCGCACCAGGAACCCCAGACGUCGAUACAAGGCAUUGACACCAUCUUACACCAAGGAUCAGUGGUCACGAGCCAGUCGGAAACAGACGGUAAAGGGAUAGUGGUUGAAGAAAAACAGGAGACAUUUUCUUCGUUUUCGAAGCACGAGAGCAGUUCUAUUACUGUUGAGGAAACUAAGUCUGUGGUCGACCAGGAGGUUUCUAAAGCGGGAGAAAUCGCCUCUGACGCCAAAGUGCUUAAGAGUGUGAGUACGACGGAAACCCACUUUGAAGUGAACACGUCUACAGGUAAGACUGACAGUGGUCUCACAUCCAGUGGCACUACAUCUAAAACAGAUGAGGAAGAAAUGAGUCAAGGUCAAGGGGAUACACAAGAAAAUACACAAGAGUUUACGUCAACAGACGCCGGUGUCCCAGAUCUUGAAAAGGAUGCAGAAGAAUCAGUGGCUAGCGGGAUAUCGGAGACCACUGAAAAGACCACGCUGACGUCUGUACAAAUGUCGCAGCAAGAAAGUCCGGCUCUUUCACAAGCUGAGAAAGAUGACGUUGUUCAGAGUGUUGCGGGGGAGAAAAUUUAUGACGCUGCUGCUGGGCUGCAGCUGAACGAACAAGUUGAAACUAGCAGUGUGACGGUUGAAAAACAUGUGCUGGAGGAAACCGUGGAUGGUUCAAGAGCAGGCAAUAUACUGGAAGCUGAAGAGUCGCUCACGGAGAAAUCAAUUGCUAUUGAUAAUGCAGAGAUUAGAGAAGGCUCAACCCAGGUUAACGACAACACAACUGUCACAGAAUCGACCUCCGUAUCAUUUGGUCAAGUUGCCGAUAACACAGAUGAAGUUAAAGUAAAGGACGGAAAAGAUGAAUCCCAGAAAACCCUUGGAAUCUCGAGUGGUACUAUCAAAGAGAGUUCUACAUCUGAGGUAAAAACAGAAGUCACCGAUGAGGGCGACGGUGUUUCUGUGGAGAAAACUGCUGAGGUAAAACGUUCGGAAACGAAAGUUGUAUCGCAUGAAGUAACCGACGAAGGCAUGCAGAAGGUUACGACCACUGAGGAACAUUCCAGUGUAGAAGUCGUCCACACGAAAUCAGGCACUGUCACAGAAACUUCUUUUUCUACAGUCUCGGUUCAAGAGAGCUCUACAAAAGACGCGAUUUCUUUUGGAACUCAAGGACUGGACGAGACAGACAAAGAGAAGGAAGAUGUCGAUGUUCUGGUACAAGGAUCUGUUGCUAAGGAUGGUUACGAGGAAGGUGAUGACGACACCACUUCUAUUGACUCGCAAGGUGGGACGGGCGAGCUACAGGUUGCGACUGUUGAUUUAAAGGACAGUACAGCCUCGGACAAAUCCUCUGGGACUAUGCUUGCCUCAUCCUCUGACGAACUGCCCAAGGGUCAGCCUGAUGCUAUUCUAGAAACUCAAGUAAAUCAGCCUGGUCUGGCCAGUGGUACUUUGUCUCUAGCGACAGAGAAAACUGAAAAUAAAGAUGGGAGUGACGUUGCAGAAAGUGGAACUACGUCACAGGAGUCAAAUGUUACUCCGAGAGAGAGCACAUCUGAGGAGGAAAAUGUUGGAUCUAUUAAAAGUGUCAAUUAGACCACCGAAAUUGUUGUGUGUAGUGUUUCAGAAGAAAAAGUAUUAAUAACCAAUUCUAGUCAUUGUACGACCAGUGUCGUUCCAUCGCCUACCAUGCCGGUCAGAUAAGUUACAACGUCUUGAAUAUCAUCUUCCUCGUGUGGUGUCAGUUUUGUAGAAAAAGGAGACAUUCCUUUCGCAAGAGAUUCUCCCAUGACCUUUGCUUGAAACCUUUUGGAUGAUGUUCCCGGAAAGCAAAAUGUGUACUUUGUACUUACUGCGUCCUGACGCAAGUGGCGAUCAUUUGUGCAUGUUGUUGAAUCGUGUUUUCACACAUUGUUACCCAUUACUCCAUUUCAGUCUUUCACAUUUUGACUUACAAUCUCUUUACCUUUUACAUUUCUAAAAAGCCAAAUCUUCAUAGAUCUUCAUCACUUUUUCCUUAUCGCAUCUUUUGCGAAUUACUCGGUGAGAUGCUCUUAGCUCUGUUUUCAGUAAUUUCUCACAGAACUUUUCUGUUACAGCACGAACUGUUAAGAAGGGUUGUACAAAGGUACAAAGCAACGAAGCGUCUUUUGCUGUCAGAUUGGUUUUAAAUGUUUGAAUAUUUAUUAGAAUAUUGUGCCAAUAUGCACGUAAAAUACUUACAGUCAGUAUAAUAUUAAUUAUAUAUAUACACACAGUUUUAUACAUACAUAUCGCUACGUAAAAAUGAGUCUUAAUUUCAAUAAGAAAAACAAAAUGGGAAGCUACAUAUCGACUUAUAGAUUGAAACGUGUGAAUUAUAACAUACUUCUAAAUAAUGUGGAUUUGAUGAUUUCUUGAGCUACAAUCAACUCAACGUGAUAAUUACUUUACGUUGUAAAAAUUCAAUUUGAUAAUUACUUUUCGCUGUUGAAGCUCGACUUGAUAUUUACCUUUCGUUGUAAAAACUCAUCGUGAUAAUUACUUUUCGGUGUAGAGCGAGAUCACAAUCCAGAGCCAGCUCACUCGCUUCGGUUUGUGACGUCACCAGCACAGGGGAUGACGAUAAGUCUGGACUGUCUAGCUCCGAAAAGUGGUCAACAGUUUCAGGUCAAAUUUCUUUACCCUUGCCCUGAUCUUUAUAUUAUGGGAUUGACUUUUGUCAUUGUGACGGCGGUGUGACGAAGGAAGGCUUUUUUCUGUAGCUUGUUGGGAGCUUUGUAGCAGCCUUGCGAAACAGUUCACUCGGGUCACACCCUUCUCGGUUUUCUCUUUACGAGUAGAGCUUUGAGGCCGGGGCAGAGAUUCCGUUUUCUGUUGGAGACCCUCUCCGGUAUCUGUGGAUCGGGGAAAUUCAGAAGUUGUCUCUUACAGCUUCCUUCUUUAUUUAUGUCCCCACUUUUCUAGUUUGAAUUCCCUUUCAGUUUCUGUAUUUUUAAGUUUUGCCGUUUUCUCGCUUCUUUUUUGUUUUGAUUUGUCCUGGGUUUGUUAAAAAGUUUCUCAAACCUAAAACUGUAGCGGUGAUUUCAAAGGCUGAAAUCCCCUCACUGAAAGUCUUCACCGAACUUCCCUUUUGUUGCAGUCUCCUUCUCUUGCCGUGUUCCUUUCUUUCAGUUUACCUUACCUUUCGUUAAACGUUAAUUAUUUUCAGUUUUUGUGUGUGUUUGUUUAUGUUUUGUUAAUGUGCCAAUGCCUUUCAUGUUUACCCAAAAAGACUAUUGCUAACAAUGUGCUUGUUUGUAUAACUUUGGUUCCUUUGCUUUAUUCGCCCUUCUGUUGCACUUUAACCUUUUCCCCCCCACAGGGUCGGUCUGAGGCACGUAGUGGAGCAGACUUUAGGGGUCAGGCAAAGCGGAAGCGCUCGCUUGGCGGACGUUAUAAACGUAUCUCAGGGCCAGGAGUAUGAAUCAGCGGGUGCGUAUUCGGUUGAGACCAUCACCAGCACCACCACCAAAAAAUAGAGGCAUUCAUAGAAGCCUCUGACCCCGAUCUCUCAUAACUACUGUAUCUCUGGCCGUGUUUUCCCCCCUCUCAGUCUUAGCUAGCUCGCUGGCCUUGUGCCCUGUAGCUCUAAGCUCUCGCACGAAGCAGUUACAAUGGCCUCUAUGGCUUGUUUAGAGCUAUUAGAAGAUUGCAAUUUCAAGUCUACUACAUAUUAAAAUUUAUUUUAAAAGCCACUCUUCAAUCUACGCUGAGUCAGUUUUUUUAAAAACCCACAGCAACUAUUCAUUUCUUGUUCAUUGGCACCUAUGUUGCCAGUGCGUCAGCGUAAACGAUAGGAAAAUUUCGGAUGUGUGUGUUUAACAACUACGCAAAAUAAACCUCUUCAGUAGCAGAUGUACUGGACUAUUUCUCAUAGUUCACAUCACCAAUCAUAAUUUUGCUUCUGCAUACGUACACGUAUCGCCACGUUUUAAUUUAGUAUUCAUUUAGUAAUUACUAAGAAAAUUGCCAAGUCACCUUCAAAGCAAAUGUAUUAGACACUGCUUCAUCUUCGUUCCCAUCACUUUUAUGUUUUGUUCAUGCUUCCAUCUUUUUUCACGUGGGUUCUGAACCAUCUCCCUGUCAUCUCUGAACCUCUAGGCAUUGUUUUAAUGUACCCAUGACUCACGAUUAACAUACAUUGUGUGAGCGUUCGACCUGUUUCAUAAUUUUUUUAUCAUUAUUAUUAUAAUUAAACUGUCUGGUUGUGGAUUUCCCUUAUGGCUUAUUUAUUACAGAAUAUGUAUGUUGACUAUUGAUGAUUCAUUCACCCACGCAGUUUUUUAAAAGAUCCAAUAUACAUUUUAUUAGAACAUUAGACGAGUUGUUCUUUCUACGUUAACGGAUUCUUAUCUAUCUGUGUGGCACUUUGAUUACGACUUCCUUAACCAGCAUUACAAAAGAUUGUUCCUUUUUUUCGGGGAAUUGAAUGUUUUCUACAUUAUUUUCUUUCAUUUGGGUUUUACUCAUACUAUCCAGGCGCGAAGGGACAUUUGGUGGCGGUUUUGUAACACAAACAAAUGGUGCUGGCAGUGGGCUGUGAAUGGGAUAGUUUGAUAGAAAAAGUCAGGAGAGUUGUUUUUUUAAUGACAGUGAGUUGUGAUAGAAAAACUUUGUUCACAUUCUCUAGAACAGCAAGUCACGGUAUAAGAUGUAGGAGAGACCAUGUUCUCUAACACUAACCUGUAGUGAUGCUAGGUCAUCUUCUCUUACAUUUCUGCUUUUUAUGAAAGCGUAUUAACCUUUAGACAGAGCUAGAAUCACUCUUAGAAAAUGCUUGUGGUUGUUUUUUAGUUCUUUAGAAUUACUAUUUUCUUUAUAUUAUUAUAGCUUAUUAACGGCCUAUACGGUUUGUUGAUUAUUAAAAAUAUUGUUGCUACGUUUUAAAUUAUUUCAAAAUUGUCUUCAAUUAUGAAGAGUUAAAAAAAAAUCGAAUUCGAUGUUUCGAUAACCACUCUGAGCAUGAAUCGAUGUACAUUCCUGAUAGAGAGUAACUGAAAUCUUUCUUUCUUUGUUUAAAUGAUCUCUUCUGAUUGUCCAAUGCAAUUUCAUUAUUACAGAGAGUAGUAGUAGUAGCUACCAAGAAACAGCAGGUAAUUCUUUUUGACCGCGUGAAGACGUGUGUAAGACUUUAACACCCAACCUAUGAGUGAACGCCUUGGUGUGAAGCAGGCUUUAGUGGUCCGGACAAGCUUUGUGGUUUUUCGCCCUACAAUUUCGCUGAAGAAAAAACCACAACUGCUUUUCGGUGGUUGUCAAAGUCUCUUAAGAAAAUGAUCGUCUUUGUAGAUCAGUUUGAAACGCCUCGCUUCGCUACUACGUUAUAAUGAUAACCGCUAACAGCUAAUGUAACUUACCUUUAACUUUACUGACAAACGACCGACCAAAAUUGAAAUAAUGUUAUGUUGUGUCCGAGUUUGACUCAGAAUGCACUGUAGCGAUGUAGGAAAGAUGUAUGCAUUAUAACACCAAUAGUAUGAGAUUGCCUUGUGUCUGGGUCAAAGGAGCGUUCGUGUUAAAAGUAUUACAUUCUUUGGGACUCAAAUUUCCCCAGCCUGACAAAACAUGUAUUCGGUUUUUAGAAUAGGAAGGUAAAAAUAUUGAUAAAGCGAGGAGCACAAAAUGUUUCUCAUUUUUCUUUGUUAACCUUUAGAGGCUGAUCUUUUAUUAUUAUCAAUCAAGAAUAAUGGUGUUCAUAUAGUGAAUCAUGGUCUUGUAGUGCGGCCAAUGUUGUGCCCAAGACUGUUUUCUAGCAUUUGUAUUUUAAUAGAUUAACUAUGCCUGAUUUUGUCAAAGAAAAACAAACAAACUUGGAAUAAAAACGCUUUUGUUGCAACGUUGCGGUAGCUUUGUUAUAAAACGGUGACGACGGCAAGGGUAUGUUGCGCUUUGCUGCUCAUUUUCAUGACUUUGACGCUUUCAUUUUGGAGACAGGCAUCGCACUGAAAGUGGAGCUUGAAUCACCUCUAGAUAAUUGGUAUCAGUUUUUAGAUUCUCUCACUAAAUGUUAUCACUGCUUGAAAUAUAGCAGGACUUCAAUAUACUUUUUAAGAUGUUUGCUGAGGAGAAAUGAAGUAGGGGAUUGAGAUUUUUAUGUCGGCAAACAAUACCCAACACAAUUUCUAUGGGUGAGCAAGUUUAGGAUUUUUAGAACAUUCACAAAUUACCAGGUUCUUGACGCAAAUUGUUGAUUCUUUUUGACUUCUGAAAUCGGGCAGUGAUUUAAUGUUCGUUAUAAGUUCAAGGUCGAAUAUUCGACUGUGAUGAUUGCAUGUUGGCAUGUUACAACCUCUAUUUCUAAUGUCUUUCAUUAAGAUAAAAAAACAGGGUAGUGUUUCAUAUUAAUACUUUUUUAAAUAAAGGAAUGUGAAGAUUUUACCGUCUUCAAAAGCUGUGUAAACGAUGUUCUUAACCUCUAUUCAUACUAGUAACACGUUUCUUCCUCUAACGUUGGCAACUCUAAUAUGUUCACUCUUUUUAUGCCAUCAAGUUUCCUAGGAAAAUGCAGACCGUUUUACAAUCAUUUAUUUACAUUGAAUACCAAUUAUGUCGAGGGAUCUUUUCUUUCUGUGAAAGACUGCGCUAGAUGAAAAACAUUUUUUUCAAAAUAAUAUCUUUAAAAAAUGUAGGACAUGAGUUCAUUUGGUGUUUCAAAUUUAUUAAGCUUGCCAUUUGCACCAGGUCAAUUGAACAUAAGUUUCUGAUGAGACAGAGAGAGAUUGAUCAAGAGCCAAGAAUUUCUGAUACAAUCGGAAUAGCUAAAGCAUAAUACACUUUUUCUGAUGUAGAUCAGGUGUUAUUUGAGCUGCAGACCACCGCGUUCCAGUUGAAAGAGCAUGAGAGCUAGAGCCCUUAAAAUCGAGGCUUUAGCCUCCUUUUAUUCCAGAGGAGUCGCUACUGUCACUUAUAAAAAGGAAGAACCGGGAAGUAAACAGUAUCGUUUCCCAGAAAUGAAGCAUUUGAACCAAUGAUAGAAAAUACGUCAUAAGAGAUUUCGCACCUGCUUUCCUUCUUUAAUCUUUCUUGCAUAUCAAUUAUACCCUUCCUACUGAUAUGAAGCAUUAUUCAUUGUAUCUUUUGUUUUCUUUUCCGGCGAAGAACCUGCAAUAUCUCUUGCCAAGGUCUUUACGAGCACAUGUUCGCCUUUUUGCUUUUUCUAUUUGUGAAAUGUGAUGCUUAUAUUGUAAGAUAUCAUGCUUACCUGAAAUCGCUACGCAAGGUCUCGAACCCAAUUUAUUUCUCCUAAAUUUUCAUGUCAACAUCAGUUUUGUUACUAUACUUCAGAUACGUCGUUUAAUCAUAAUUUCUGUGAACAUUCGUUGUACUUUCUUGGAGCAAUACCUUAAACCCAGAUCCGGAACAACCGAGAUCAUGUCAACUCGCUCUGUGUUACUGCAACAUUUAGUUAAUGUGUUUAACGUUACGUUUUAGUAUUUGCAACAGUGUUCAAGCUUUCAAUAAUCUUGCAAGCCUCUCCGCUGCUGUCGGCCAGUGUUCAAGGGGGGCACCCAGGCCAUAAAGCGAAAUGCUCUGAUCGAAUGCAACAACUUUUUGCUCUAAAAACGCAUCGUGUGAUUAUUUACAAUUUUCCGAUCACGCAAAAUCAAAAUGUCUACAUUUGUUAGAUAUUGUACUUAUUGUGGUUGUUUUAAACCAUCUUAAAUUUUAUUUUAAGUAUUUAAAAAAAUUGUGGGAUUUUUUUUUUGUGAAACUACAAACUCAAAGGUGGAGGUAUGGUGUAUGAAAAAAGGUAUACUUAAGGAACAUUUUAUUUCACGGAUUAUACGUUUCUUUUUGGGGUUGAAAUUUAAAAAAAAAUUUUUUUUUAAAGUGAAGGAUAUAAUCGAAAGUUUCUUCACAGUGCAUUUGAUCAGUGAUAUUGUUUUGCAAUUAUGACUACGUGCCCCCUUUCUUAAUAAAAAAAAAAAUGUCCAAAAACAUAGUUUUAUGCGUUAAUACGUUUGCAAUCUGUUACCCUGUUUUGUUUAUUUUUCUGAGUGCUUACAGUCUGCGAUAUAUAACCAUGUGAUCGUAUGCAAAAUUAAAGUCUUUCUGUUCUAAAACUAAC